UGGACCGAUACACGAGAAACCACCCUCCCCAAAUAUCCAAUUUUUCUUAUUUUCCUUCCACCCAAUUGUCACUCUCCAAUUACUAGAUUAACUUAUUCCUAAAAUUAAUCUCCUCUCCAUUUCUAGAAAUUUCUUCCACUUAGAAUUAUUGAUCUAAUUAGUCUCUCCUGUUCCUGUUGUUAAAUUUGUUCUCUUGGAUUGCUGUUUCUGUCUCUUACUGCAGAUUCUGAACCUUUGAAGGAAAAGUUGCUGCCUACCGUUGAAGAAGCUGGUGAACUGAUAUAGGGACUUGAGCAUGGUUGCAGAUCCUCCUGUUCCAAUGGCUAAGGAAGCCAAUGCAGUAGCGGAUAAACCGAUUGGCAGGUCUACCCCCAACAAAAGGAACAAUGGAAAAGUUCCAAAGAAAAUCCACAAGGCUGAGAGAGAGAAGCUUAAACGUGACCAUUUGAAUGAGCUUUUCCUUGAGUUGGGCAAUGCACUUGAAUCAGUUCGUCAGAAUAGUGGCAAGGCGUCUGUAUUGGAUGAGGCUACCCGGUUCCUCCGUGAUCUGCUUGCGCAGGUUGAAUGUCUCAAAAGGGAAAAUGCAGCACUUUUAUCUGAAUCUCACUAUGUGACCGUUGAGAAGAAUGAGCUCAGAGAUGAGAAUUCUGUCCUCGAAGCAGAGAUUGAGAAGCUGCGGACUGAACUAUGGGAUAGGGCUCAGGUAAAUCCUACUUGGGAUGCUGCUCCAGCUCAAUUGCAGCACAAGAACAUAGGAUCACACUUGUCAGAGGACUGCCUCGCAUUGCCCGUCAUGGAUCCCACAUUGCAGCAGUCAUCGGUCGUCGGUCCAGUCUUUGUAAUUCCACUUCAUGAGCCUCAUGGUUAUCCAGAGCCUGAAACUACUCAUGCGCCAUCAAAGCCUUCCUCACAUGUGAGCAAGCCGCAUGCUCGUUACCCAACCCCAUCAGAUAUGUGGCCAUCACGACUCCUUGUUAAACUGCCAACUUCUGAGGAUAACUUGCUUAGACAAUCUGAGCAAUAGCAUUGGGGCCAGAGCACCAUGUCAGGCAUUGUGUAAACUUGUGAUGGAUCUCAUUGUAUGAUUGGAAGAUGAGUUUGUAAUGUCUCUUGUGCAUUUUGUUAAUCUAAUCUUUAAUCCAAUGCUGCCCUCACUCUUUGGUUCUAA